AUGAGCCAUCAAUCAAUAUCUCUUGGUGAACCCUGCCAUGAAAGCAUUCAAGAUGCGAUAAGUAAGAAAAUGCCUGGCAUUGAAAAUUUAGCUAGCUAUCUCAAUGCACGUAAAGAAUUCUUUGCGCAAGGCAUCUCUCUUCUGAGGCAACAAGCACUCCUCGAGCUUUCUUGAAGUUCGGAAGUUCAACAAAUGGUGAGGGACCCAUAUCACAUAGUAAAUAGGAUUGCUGACAUUAUGCUAUUCAACGAAAUCGAAAUUGCAGUCUGGAUUCUCCUCUUGGAAAGCACUUCAGUAGCGGAGCGACUGAAUAACCCUUUCUACGUAUUGAUCUUUACAGGCUUCAAUGCCAAGCAGUUCAUCAAUGAUGAUGCAGACAUUUACAGAUCUUUUUUGAGGAUAUCCAUUCCUACAUUUGACUUGAACUAUACUAAUUGACCAAGAAUAGCCCACUAAGGAGCCAUUCUUGGUCUGCCAGAAAAAAUAUUGACAAAAGAUCCUAAUCUGCCAUUACCACUGAAUUUUGGUGUUUCCAAAUUUUUUGGGCAAGCCAAAUGCAAUAAAAAAAAAUUGUUCUUUUGCGAUGAUGCAUUUGGCUUGUCAAAAAAAAUUUUGGCAACAUCAAAAACUCAGUGGUAAUGGCAGAAAAGAUCCUAAUCUGCCAUUACCACUGAGUUUUGGUGUUUCCAAAUUUUUUUUGACAAGCCAAAUGCAUCAUCGCAAAAGAACAAUUUUGUUUUAUUGCAUUUGGCUUGCCCAAAAAAAUUUGGAAACACCAAAACUCAGUGGUAAUGGCAGAUUAGGAUCUUUUUGUCAAAAAUUUUUUCUGGCAGACCAAGAAUGGCUCCAUAGUGGGCUAUUCUUGGUCAAUUAGUAUAUCACUACUGGGUAAUGAUGACUGACAGCUGCGAACCAUCUGUGAUCGAGAUAAAUCAAAAGCUAAGCCAAAUCAUAGCCACUGAUCCUGCUCCGCCAGAGGUGAACUAUAAUUCUCUAGUUGAUGAGUUGUGUGGGGUAAAAAAAGCAUCAGAGCUUGAUUAA